AUGUUUACGGUCGCUGCCGCAGAGCGAGCCUUGAUGUCUCAAUCUCUGAACAUUUGCCAGGACGACUCUAUGUUUUCCGCGUCUCUGUUCGACGUCAAGUACACACCCGGAGACAACAAGGCCAACUUCGCCCUGACGGCCACUUCCUCGGUCCAGGGAAAGGUUACCUUCGACAUCUCGAUCACAGCCUAUGGUUACAAGUUUCUUGAGCAAACAAUUGACCCCUGUAAGAUCGACCUCGGUGGUCUUUGCCCAAUGAACACGGGUCCCUUGGAGUUUGAGCACGCGCUCAACGUCCCCGGUGAUGCCGCCAGCCAGAUUCCUGGCAUCGCAUACACGGUUCCCGACAUCGACGCCAAGGUUCGUGUUUACAUCAAUCUUACUGGUCAGGUCGACAGUAUCGCAUGUGUCGAAGCCGACUUCUCCAACGGAAAGACUGUCGACUUGUUGGGAGUCAAGUGGGCGACCGCCAUCAUCGCUGGUCUUGGACUCAUUUCCUCCGCUAUUGUUUCGGGUCUCGGCCACUCCAACACUGCUUCCCACAUCGCCGCCAACUCUCUGUCUCUUUUCGCCUACUUCCAAGGUCAGGCCAUCGUUGGUCUGACAGCCGUUCCCCUCCCCCCCAUUGUUCAGUCAUGGACCCAGAACUUCCAGUGGUCCAUGGGUAUCAUCAAUGUGGGCUUCAUGCAGACCAUCUUCACUUGGUAUCAGCGUGCUACUGGCGGUGACCCUGGAACUCUUUUCGACAACCUCGGCACCAAGUCCGUCCAGGUCGAGAAGAGAGCUCUCGCCCUCAGGAGCAUUGGAUCCGGCAGUGAAUCUGUCAACUUGUUCAAUCGUGCAGCUGCCAUGAUGCCCAGGAGUCUGCCAACGUACUCUACUUUGGCUAAGCGUGCAAACAUUGUGACAGAGUCUGGUGGUUAUCUUGUGUACGGAAUCCAGCGUGUGGCCUACAGAACCAAGAUCGAGACCACCAACCUGUUCUUGACUGGACUGGUCUUCUUCAUCCUUUUCGUUGUCUUCACUAUUCUGAUUGUUGCCGCGUUCAAGGGUAUUCUUGAGCUGUGUGCUAAGAGAAAAGUGAUUAAUGGUGAGAAGUUUGCCGAGUUCCGCAACGGCUGGCUCACCAUUCUCAAGGGUAUCCUGUUCCGUGCCACUCUGAUUGGAUUCCCCCAGAUGUGCAUUCUCUGCACCUGGGAGUUCACCCAGAAAGACUCACCCGCUCUAGUGGUUCUUGCCGUCUUCUUCCUGCUCGGUAUGAUGGGAACCCUGGGCUGGGGCUCUUUCAAGGUCAUUAGCAUUGCUCGACGAUCUGUUGCCAUGCACCGCAACCCGGCCUACAUUCUCUUCUCAGACCCCCAGGCUUUGAACAAGUGGGGUUUCCUGUACAUCCAGUACCGCGCUUCUGCCUACUACUUCGUUGUCCCAACCCUGGUUUACACUUUCAUCAAGGCCUUGUUCGUCUCUCUCGCUCAGGGCAGUGGUAUUGCCCAGGCGGUUGGCUUCAUCAUCAUUGAAGCUGGUGCUUUGAUCGCAGCCUCUGUUCUCCGCCCCUGGAUGGACAAGAGCACCAAUUCGUUCAACAUUUCCAUCUGUGCUGUCAACUUUGUCAACUCUAUCUUCCUUCUGCUCUACACCAACGUUUUUGGCGCUCCUGCACUCGUGGUUGGUGUUGUCGGUGUCAUUUUCUUCGUUCUUAAUGCCAUCUUUGCCCUCGUGCUGCUUCUGAUGAUCAUCAUCUCGACCACUCUCGUCUUCUUCCGCAAGAACCCUGAUGCUCGCUACCAGUUCAUGGCCGAUGACCGUGCAUCGUUCAUGAAGUCUCAGUCACAGCUGAACACCACCACCGAGCUGGACGCUCUUGCUGCGACGGCACGUGGUGACAAGAGUGGCUACAAGUCCCACAUGGACCUGGAUGACGACGAGUCUCUGUCUGCCACAAGCAUGCGUCGACGAACGGAUCAGUCCCAGAUGGACAUGCGUGCGGGCGCUAGGUCUCCCGUGAACCCUUCAAUGCCUCUGUUCCCAGCGGCACGACCGGAGAGUCCUUUCCGAUCCGCAUCACCAAGCCCCUACAAUGCUUCGGCAACAUCAUUGGGUCAAGCCAGGACACAGCACACUGCUAGCCCAGCAUCAUUCAGGCAACAAAACAAUGCAAGCCCCUGGCAACGUGGAGCUGGCUACGACCACUAG